CCAUAUGCAGUCUUGACUGUGGUCCUCAUGGUACAUGUGAGCAAGGUCGUUGCAACUGCGUUCAAGGUUGGGCAGGUCCUUUAUGUGACCUCCUACCUUGCGAUGACCGAUGCUCGGAGCAUGGUCAAUGUAAGAAUGGAACCUGCGUUUGCUCUCAAGGAUGGAAUGGACGUCAUUGCACACUACCUGGAUGUGAAAAUGCCUGCAGCAGACACGGCCAAUGCACCUUGAACAAUGGAGAAUACAGCUGCAUGUGCAUUGAAGGAUGGGCUGGAAAAGAUUGUUCGAUUGCAUUGGAAAUGGAUUGCAACGACAAUAUUGAUAACGAUCACG